UCCUGACUGUCCAGCAGGGGGAGGUGUUACGUAUAGUAAGCCUGCGAUACUGUAUUUAUUUUUAAAAAAUUAUAAAAGUAUUAAUUCAUAGAAAAAGCAGCCAAGACUGAGAGAACCCAAAAGUAAAACGUUUUGAGUAUGAUAAUCAGAGAUAUGCAUUUUUCAAAUAAGUUAGUGUUAAUAGUUAAUAGUUAGAUGUCCGUACAACUGCAUAACUAAGUUAUCAUUUUAGAACACCUCUUUAUAUUAGCUAUAUACAGUCAACUAUAUAUAGUAUAUAGGCCGAAUUGUCCGCAAAUCCUAACCUUUUUCCCCUGCAAAAACACAAUAGAUGAACACUAGUUUGUAAAGAACUAAUUCAGACAAUGGAAACUGCUAAAUGCAACAUUUGUAUACUGUACAGUGACAAUGCUGCUUUCAAAUAGAACUGGGAAAAUAAAGAGGCAUUCAUAUUUAUAUGGUGUUCAUUCAUUCAUUUUUUAAAUUCCGAUUAGACUACCUCUGGCCAUUAACAGGACACAAGUCUCUAAACGACUGAGAGCGAAGCUUGUUUUGUUUGUGUAAGUAAUAAAUACAUUUCCAGACAAAUGGUAGCUCUGAACUCCCGGGAGCACGCGAACGCAGCAAUCGUUAACCUCCCCCUUUGCUAGACAGGACAGGAGGACAGGAUCAACUCGGAACCGCCGUGGCAGCUCACACUCAACGCGGCUUCAAGUUACACUUCGACCGGGCUUUGUUUCAUUUCAUCCCCAACAAUCGCUAUCGUUAUGUGGCUUUAAAUUCAAACUUAAAGUUAAGUUGUCGGGCCGUUCAAACAAUAAACAUACGUACGAUUUAGUAGAAAGACAAUACAAGAAGAAGACACUGGCAGACGACGAAAGAAAGUUGUCGUUCGGCUGUCAUGUUUGCUACUUGUUGAAAACACUACCAGGCAGCCGGUGGUGGAAGUGAUGGCUCAGUGAUGGCAGAGGUGCAGAUUGACCAGUCGAGCCUCCCCCGUGUCCAAGAAGUGUGCCAGAGUUUCGCUGUAUUGGAAGAUGGCGUAUUGGCACAUAAUCUGCAGGAACAGGAAAUCGAGCAGUACUACACCACCAACAUCCAGAAGAACCAGCUGGUGCAGAACGACAUCCGUGUAGCCAAGCAGCUCCAGGAUGAAGAGGAGGAACAGCAAGCCCAGCAGAGUGCCCUGCUAAGACAAGAGUCCAGACAACUAGAAGAACAGGACUUUGAGUAUGCCCGUGUAAUCCAAGAGGAGAUCCAGCGAACAUCUGAGGAGGCCUGGAAAAGGGAGCAGGAUGAUGAGGAAAUUGCUCGACAAAUGCAAGAGGAAGAAGAGCAGAGGAUGAGGAGAACCAGAGUACAGGAGGAGUACUUGGAAGGCAGCUUCAGCGGUUCUGCUCCGCCAUCACCAAAGCAGUUUACACUCAACCAACACCAUCAAGACGAGGCGCAGUACUCACCAACCACCACCAGGUGGCAAUAUUUUAACACGUCUAGCCACCCAGAUUACUGUAGGCCUCCAGUUUACUACCCUGGCAGAGUGACAGAUCACAAAACCAUAAAUUCAUGGUCGGAUGAAGGACAUGCAAAUUCCCGUGCAGCACUUAGGAGAGCAUUGGAAGAGACACAGAUGCAUGCAGACUGUGAGGACUCUGUUUACUUGGAACAGAGACCAAAUAAAAGACACAAUACAGCACCCCUCCAUCGCAGAUCAUCCUUACGUUUGCCGAGAGAGAGAGACUACAGGACUCUUUACACUCCUGACAGUAUCACAGAGGAGUUCCAUUGCUGGGAGAAGUAUGAAAAUGGUGAUAAAGACAAGAGGAGGGCAAGGGACUGGGAACGGGAAAGAAGCUACAGAACGGAAACUGGGACUUGGACAAUGUACAGUAAUCAGAAUGAAGCUUCAAGGUCAGUAGCGGUUGGAGAACGACCAUGUCGUCGCAGUGAAUCUGUCAGGCUCCAUGACGCUAUGAAUCAAAGCCGCCGAGACUCAACCAGAACAUGGACCUACAGAGACAAUCCUGACAAACAUGUCCACUUUGCGGCCAACACCGGGAGCUCAAACAAGCGCCAGGACACGAACAUGGAGGUAUGGGAGAUGCUCGGCCAUGUCCUCAAAGAGCGAGGUGUCCCUGUCAGCCUUGGGGGCAGUGGUGCACCCCUGAAAAUAGGUCCUCAAAGCAGACAUAGCCAAGUGCUUCAUGGGAGUCGGGUCUUUUAUGGUGACUCCCAGCCACCUCAGACACCCUUCCAGAGAGCUGCCUCUGCCAGACACAGUUUCCAUGGAGACAUUAGGGAAAGAAGGAGAUUGUCUCACAGGGAGAACAGUGAAAGGGAUCACAGAGGAUCUGAUGACAGUCACUAUGGAGAGCUUUAUGAGAUCAGUAGCAGAGAUUCCAGUCUGUCAAACAGAGAAGUGCCAUGCGGUAGAUGUUGGGGAGAGCACAGGCCUGACUAUGAGUACGAGAGCUAUGGCAUGGUCAGGAGGACAGCUGGCAGGCAUUGGCACAACACAAUCGAACGUUUCUGUUCUGAGGAGGAGAUGGAAAGGGGAGUAGAGCAGCCCCUUGGCAGAGCCCUCGGCAGCAGCUGGGCCAGGUCAAGACGCAUGGCAGCAGGAACAUCGCCAACCCCCAGGAAAGGGCAGACAACCUUCAACAUGGGGGAACUCCAGCAGGUUCUCCGGGAUGAAGUGCUGGCCCGCAAGCUACAAGAAGAAGAGUCACAGUUUGCUCGGCAUACGCACAGAUGUUACCCACAGGGGGACUUCCGAGUCGCACAGGUGGCCCAAGAUGAGGAAAUUGCUCAUUACAUGCAAAAUCAAGAAGUAAAGUUAAAUCGCAGAUCACGUGAGUUCGAAGGACCGGCAUCAUGGCGUGAGCACAGAGCCAUGAUGAAUCAUCAUGACAGGAGAACUGCAAGAGAGAGACAGGUGCAGAGAGAGAGGCUAGACUCUGAGGGUCUUCCCUCCCCCACUGAGGACUGCCCCCCAGAGAACCAGCCUCCGAGCAUCGUCUCCACACCGCCACAAUCUCAGCAGCUAAGGAACAUUGCGGAGGAGCUGGACCCAACCUUCCAGGCCAGGAGCCAAGGAGCAGACAUCCUCCAAAUGGGACAAACCGGCCCUAUCAGUCAGUCGCUUCCUGAGGAGCCGACCUUCAUCCCGCCCACCAAGCGUCCAACAGAGAAACCAGGACGUGCUAAGUCCAAAGAAAAGAAGGAAAAUUAAUUCCCCCAGACUUCCCUUUGUUAUUGUCUCCGAGUGCAGACACUUUCUCUUUUGUCAGGUACUGAAAACCGUCGGCCACAGGUGAACCAGGAUCAACAGACAGUGGAUGCCUCUGUUGAAUUUACUAAAAGCGUAACAGGUUAGCCUGCUUUUUCAUUCAUGCCAAAAGGUGGUCCUGGGAAUCUUUGGAGACUAAAGACUCAGAGCUGCUACUGCCCUGCUCUUCCUCGGCUUCGUGGAAACUACAUUCAGUUGCUAUUAAAGUCUCGGGAUCAUCUGUAGAAGAUAAAAGCGGAGAUGAAACAAUGCAUGAAUAUAUGCAUGUAGCGUGAUCAUACUCCGUAAAAUACCUGUAGGUGUUCGUAUUAUUGGCUCUUUGGCAAUUUUCUCUUUAGUCUUCUUUUUUCUCUUAAGAUUGCUGACAAUCAUGAUCGGAACCAAGAAGACGCUCAGGACCACUGGCAAAACUAUUGGCCACACGUGUGCUGUAUGAUCUGAUUCUGAAAGACAACAUUGGUUGGGAAUUAGAGCUGAUUAUCGAUGACUUUGGUAACCAUUUUUAAAUGUAAACUCUGAUUUUAAAUGGGAAUAUUUUUUAAUUUUCUUGGUCAUCCAUGAAGGCAGACCUAUUAUAUUUGUGUUUUACGCACUUUGGAAAGAAGUCAAAGCUUUUUUCUCAUACUUUUGUGGACCAAACCACUCACUGUAGAUAUCAAUGUGGUCCACCUGUAGCUGGGGUGGGCAAAUAUUUUGACUCGUGGGCUGCAAAAUUGUCCGCAAAAUAUUUCACACAUACACUAUUUUAUGCUUAUAAUUUUCCUUGAAUUAUUUGUCUAAUUAUAUCCGUAAAAGUGUUAUACUAUCAGCUGUAUGUUCUCAUGUCCCUUUUUUUAGGAGAACUUUAAACAUCACACAUCAAACUAUUGUAAUUUAAUUUUACAGUUUUGUUGUUUAUUUUUUCCUAAAUAAGACGUCUGUGUAUGUUAAAAGUUGAAAUACUUAGAAAGCAACUGGCGGGCCGGAUUAAAACGCUUGGUGGGCCGCAUGUGGCCCUCAAUCCGUAGUUUGCCCACCCUUGAUGUAUAGCCUAACCGAUUACUGCAUUCAUUGAAACAACAAGGUUUUAAGGUUGGGAAUGAAGGAAGAGUGCAAUCAUCUUACCGAGUACUUUCAAACUGCCGAGUGAAACGUUGCUGCACUUAAUGUCACUGAAGGCAUCACCGCCAGCGACGAUACGCUGAUCAGGAUAAGGGCACCUUUGCAAAAAAAAAUAGAUGUUGUCAGACCAGCAGAAGAUGCUUACAUUUGUCGGUUGAUGUGAGUAUGCAUUUCACUUUGUACUCCAAGGUUUACACCGCUGAUGAUUUUGGUCAUUGAAGGUCCCAUUUGGACAUUUUUUACACGAUCCUAAGAAAGGAUGACUUAUAUUAGCAACCAUAGUAAAUCAGCUGUGUGCACGUCUUACUUUUCUCAGUGGGUUCCUCUCCUUUGCUGCAUUUUUCAAAACAAAAGGAGCAGCGCUCGUCACCACAGAGGAGUCCAUCUUUGCAUCCGCAUUGAGUGUCCGUUGUGGUUGUGCACUUUUUCACUAGAACCUGUGCACCUGCAUGAAUGAUGAAAAGAUUGGCUGAAGGCUUCUAGAAGCUGGAAAACUGACUGAGGACAAAAAUCCUGACCUUCGCACUGACUGCAUCUGGAACAUCGUAACACUCUGGGCUUCUCUGUGAAGGUUCCGGUCUCGCAAGGAGUGCAAAGAUCUUGUGGUUUCGGGCCGCAGUGAGAGACCAAACGGUUCCCUGUAACCAGGACAAAAUAGCUUUAAAAAAUGAUGUUAUUAUACUGUUUUUGUGGCAUUUUCUCACAGCUGCCAUUCAGUAAACAGUAAAUAAAAGGACAUAAAGAGGACCGAGCAGGAUCCAAGUAUCGAUUGUCACGCCUCAACCAUAUAUGGUUUCACAGCGUUGUGGUACAACACUCAUUCAUGUGUAAUGCAUUCUACUAUUAUAACACCUGAAACCAGCUGUGUCACGUUUGUUGUGUUUUGAGGCUAAAUUAGAGUGAAAACAUUCUUUGUUUGGGGUGUGCCUCUGCCUCAGUGGACAAAUAUUUGUAGCACUACAACUAGUCGUAAGCAUGAUAAGGCAAUAUUAAUAUUAAUCCCAGACCCGACUAUGAUGAGUGCAUUUCCACAUUAUUAGAGCCCUCUAGACAUUAAAUAACACCCCUAUAGUCACAUUUACACUCGAUAAAGGAGACUUUAAGGCAUAAAUAAGACUUGUGCUGGUGAGUGUUGCAAUAAAUAAAUGUUCUGGACGUGUGAAAGGGGAGGAAGAGACAUUAAGGGUUCAAAGUUUGUAAUUGUAAUGGUUUUAUUU